AUGACACAGCAGAAGAAUGCAAUUCCGAUCCUUCCCACUUUCAUCGCAUCAACACCAAUAACAGGCAGCAAUAUGUGUGCACCCGAAACGCUUUCGCUUCGAGCCAACAAGGUGGACAAGCCGUCUUCGACCCUCACAGAAGAGAGCCCGAACAAGAGUUCUUCUUCUUCGUCGUCGUCUCAUUCGAAGAAGAAUCAAGAUGAGCGCAAUCUCAAGAAAGGGAUCUGGCUUGGCACAGCAUCCUUGGCACUUCUCUUUGUUGCAAUUACCGUUACAAUGCCGCAUACGCAGAGUCAACGGGACACGCUUGGUUGUGACUCCAUGUGCGUGGGAAGCCAAACUUCUGUUCGGUCGAUGCUCACCUUGACAGGUGCCACCAUGGUGGGCAAGCUCUCUGAUUCUACCAAGUUGCAAAGUCUGGGAGGGGCACGAAAGAUUUGUCUCUUCAUGGGCGUGGUAGCUGCUACGGCAGGUCUGUUGAUGGGAUUUUUCGCUACAAACAUUCAAAUGCUUUGGGCCAGCAUGAUACCUGGUGCUCUAUUGCAGCACAAUGCGAACAUUUUAAAGGCUCUUUUUAGCUCCUACCAUGAUGCUGUACCAGAAAAGUCCUCAUCCACAGAAAGAGCGGCCAGUGCAGGUUUGUUGGGCAUGGCUGUGGGCCUUGCUCUCAUGGCAGGGCCAUUGGCAGGCGUGUCAUUGUUUUCUACCUAUGAGCAAGCAACAAUAUUUGGCCUAGUCUGCGUGACAAUCUCGACAAUCCUCAUUUUGUGUCUACCAUCGACCUCAGCAAUAUCAAAGAAGGUUGAAAGCAUCAACAACAAGCAGGGCUUCUUUAGCUCCUUUGACAUUCGUUCGGCUCGUACACCGGCAGCAAUGUUUCUCAUGUCGGCAAGAGUUUGCAUGGCAUUGGCAUUUCAUAUUUUUCAGACAAUCUGGACGGCAUCGUUGAAAGAACGCUUCGACUUUGGUCCCAAAGACUACGGAAGAUUCAUAUCCUUUAUUGGCUUGACUUAUGCCUUGUCGCAAGGGUUUCUUGCCAAGGCGAUAUUGAACUUCUUUGGAGGUAGCACUCCUCAAGGGCGAGUCCGUCUGCUGAUGUCAUGUUGCAUUUGCCUUGGUUGUGGUCGCUACAUGGCGUUCCAAACCACCAGCCUUCCUGUGGUCUACUGUCUGUUUGGUGCCAUUGUGACGGCACUGGGACUUAUCAAUACCAUGUUUACAGCAGAUACCAGCAAGAUUGCCACUCCAGAUGAAAUUGGCUCUCUGUUUGGUGUUCUCGCCGCUGUAGAAAGUGCAGCUGGAAUGGCUGGCCCCCUUUUGGGCGGUGCCUUGUCGUAUAUUCACCCAAUCAAUGCUCCCUUGUUUGCCGUGGUAGGGUUGUAUGUUGUUGUCUUGUCGGCAGUUUUCCUCUUCUACGAAUCCUUGGUUUUGAAUCACUCCGAAAGGAAGCAGCUACAGGAGGAGGAAGCUUUGCUAAAGCGACAGAAUUGA